AGAUUGGGGUUGCAUUUUUGAAAAAGAAAAACCAGCCGGGACAUAAAACAAGGAACAAAACUGCAAUUUUUAUUUUUGUCUCGUUUGCCAGUUUUUGAGUGAAAAGUUUUUUAAAGUUUAAAGGAAAGAAAUACAAGUGAGGAAACCAUGGCCACGCAUUUCCGUAUCGCAAACACCGACGAGAAUGACGCCGCCCGGAUCCAGGCGAAGAAGGUGCUGAAGGACCCGUCCCUCGGGAAGCGUGCCGUGCUGGGCGAACUGGGCAACAAAGUGCUGAAGAACAUCGAGCUCGGCGGCAAGGGCAAGGAUGGCUUCAAGCCGAGCGAACCGUCCUUCAAGAACGUCAAAGCGCGCGUCGACACCCACUGGAAGAAGGCGGACGUCGGCGGCCACAAACCGAUCACGCGGUCCGACUCGCUCAAGAGCAUCAACACGAUCGGGGCGGCCGUCACCGCUCUCAAGCAGACCAAUGUGGCCAAAACGACCGCCACGGUCAAGCCCAAGCUGGUCCAGGUGACGAAGGGCGCCGAGAUCAAGAAGGUCAAGGUGGUCAACCUGAAGCGCGAGGAGAGCCGCCUGACGCGCCGCUCGCUGACUAAGCUGAAGCAGAUCAAGAAGCAGUCGUCGUCGUCGUCGUCGGAUGUGGCGUCGACGACUUCGUCGUCCGGGCGUAGCUCGGAAGAUGAGGAGUACCACGUGGAGAAGAAGCGCGACACGCCGGACACGCACUCGCACAAGCUGCUCGAGGGCAUCGAGAACAUUGACAUUAACGACGCGUGGAACCCGAUGCUCGUGUCGGAGUACGUGAAUGAUAUCUACAAGUAUCUGAAUGAUUUGGAGGAGACGUUCGCGAUUCGCGAGAACUUUUUGGAUGGACACAAGCAGAUCAACCACAAGAUGCGAACCAUCCUGAUUGACUGGAUCAACGAGGUCCACUAUCAGUUCAAGCUGGAGAUUGACACGUAUCACAUGACUGUGUCCAUCAUUGAUAGAUAUUUGCAGCUCGUAACCGACACGCCCAAGAAGGAGCUCCAGCUGGUGGGCGUGACGGCCAUGUUCAUCGCGUCCAAGUACGAGGAGCUGUUCCCGCCGGAGAUUAGCGACUUUGCCUACAUCACCGACGACACGUACAAGAAGAAGCAGAUCCUGGAGAUGGAGCGGCAGAUCGUACGCGUACUGGACUUCCACCUGGGCAAGCCGCUGCCGACGCACUUUUUGCGGCGCUUCUCGAAGGCUGCCAAGGCCGCCGACAAGAACCAUCUCGUCGCAAAGUAUCUGAUCGAGCUGGCGAGCAUCGACUACGGCACCGCGCACUACAAGCCGUCCGAGGUUGCGGCGGCCGCUCUCUACAUCUCGCUCUACCUGUUCCCGAUCGCCGCAAAUGCCAACGAGUCGAAGGUGUGGAGCAAAACCCUGGAACACUACACGCACUACACGGUCGAGCAGCUGACGCCGGUCGUGCAACGGUUAGCGAAGCUGGUCAAGAACGCCCCCACGAUGAAGGUCCAGGCCGUCUACUCCAAGUACCAGUCGAGCAAGUUUGAGAAGAUUUCCACCCAGCCCGAGCUUCACGGGACCUCGCUGGACGCGCUCGUCGAGGGCAAGCUGGUGCAGUGAUUAGCCAAUUCGUAACUCUUUCCCUCUAUAUAUUUUAGACAAGUGAACCGUGCGACUCGCGAGUGCGCGGCCACCAACUUCUUUCUCUAGGCUAGGCUUUUCUAAUGCAUUUUUACGCGACAUUGUUUUUUUUAUUCCCUCUUUAUUACGUGUAGUGUUUUGAUUACUUUUAAGGAAGAUUUUAAGCAUAUUCCACAGCCAAUAUUUUUAAACUCAAUUUAAAAGCGCAAUAUUGCGAAACGAGAGCUGGGGCAGCCGCGAAGAGCGCAGCGCAAACGACUUUUUUCGAAUGUAAAUGUUCUUGAGCGAUUAGAACAAUCGUAAUAAAAACUCAUCCUGACUGACCAAUUGUAACAAACAAA